AUGCCGCCCGGCGAGUCCCAACACGAGCGCGAUCAGAGGAUCAACAAACUCUGGGAGACGUUAGACACUCGCCGGGAAGGUCAGAUCGAUUUCAAGGGUCUCAAGAAGGGAUUGAAGAAAAUCGAUCACCCUCUUAAAAAUGCAGAUGAUAUGCUCCGCAGUGUGCUGCAGACGGUAGAUACCAGCGGCGAUGGACAUAUCCAAUAUUCUGAAUUCCGCGUGUUUGUCGACUUUGCUGAGAAAGAACUAUGGAGGUUGUUCGAGAGCAUCGAUAGAAACCAUAACGGUGAGAUCGACAAGGAUGAACUAAGGACCGCCUUCUCCAAGGCUGGAGUCACCGUCUCGAGCGCAAAGUUCGACGAAUUUUUUCAAGAGGUGGAUACCAACAGGGAUGGCGUUAUCACAUAUGAGGAGUGGAGGGACUUCCUCCUCUUCUUGCCCGUCAAACCGUCGUCCGACUUGCGCGCAGUCCUCUCAUACUAUUCGGCCAUUGGAAAUCUAAACCCGGAGGGCGACGUCCACAUCAAUGAUCUGCAGGGUUUAGGUAUAGACCUCUCGUUUCUUAAACGUUUCCUCCUAGCCAUCAGGAAAUUCCUGUACUACGUAUUCCAAGCCCCGAUCUCACAAUUCUGCACCACUCGACCUACGGAUCUUGGCGAGCGAUACACAUUGGAAUCCAAGUCCAACCCUGAUCUGGUAUCUCUGGAUGGCGACUUCGAAUUGGAAUGGUUGCCCUUGCCCCGGACUGUAGCCAUGUGGAUGUCAUUCCGAUAUUAUGAACAGAAGUUGACGGAGAACACGCCUCAAUUAGGUUACUUCAUUGCUGGCGGAAUUGCUGGCGUCGUCUCACGGACAGCGACAGCCCCUCUCGAUCGUCUUAAAGUUUACCUCAUCGCUCAGACCGGCGUCAGGCAGGAGGCUGUCCAUGCGGCGAAGAAAGGGGCACCGCUUCAAGCGGCGGGAAAGGCUUCAAGGACACUUCUCGUUGCCAUCCAAGAUCUUUGGAGAGCAGGUGGCAUCAGGAGUCUGUUUGCAGGAAAUGGCUUGAAUGUCGUGAAGGUUAUGCCAGAAUCUGCUAUUAAGUUUGGUGCUUAUGAGGCAUCAAAACGAGCGUUCGCUCGACUAGAAGGCCAUAACGACACAAAGAAACUGCUUCCAACGUCACAGUUUCUAUCAGGUGGCCUUGGUGGAAUGGUCGCUCAGUGUUUCGCUUACCCGAUCGACACCCUUAAGUUUCGCAUGCAGUGUGAAACGGUUGAGGGUGGUUUGAAAGGGAACAAACUCAUCGUUGCCACGGCCAGGAAAGUCAUACAGCAGUAUGGCGUGUAUGGCUUCUUUCGCGGUUUGCCGCUGGGCCUUAUUGGCAUGUUCCCCUACGCGGCUAUCGACCUCACCACGUUUGAAUAUCUGAAGAGAGGCCUCCUCGCGCGCAAGGCUCGUAUCCAUGGCUGCCAUGAAGAUGAUGUCCCUCUCAACAAUUUCACCACUGGUGCUAUUGGUGCCUUCAGUGGUGCCCUGAGCGCUUCCAUCGUCUACCCGUUGAAUGUUCUGAGAACCCGGUUACAGGCACAAGGAACGGUCCUUCAUCCCCGAACCUACGACGGCAUCCUCGAUGUUGCACGAAAAACUCUCCAAGCUGAAGGAGUUCCCGGUCUCUACAGAGGUAUUACACCUAACCUGCUGAAAGUUGCUCCGGCGGUCUCUAUCAGCUAUGUCGUCUACGAAAACGCGAAAAGAUUACUGGGUCUGAGGUGAUGGCUUGUCCUUAAGAGCUCAUUCACUGCUCGUCUCGGAUGUCAGACGGGUUAGAUGCUUAGGGGUCCGUUCAGAUGUAAUCGGUUUCAUCUCUGAGCGGCCCUAUCCUUCUUUCUUUUG